AAAAGAAAAAGACAGUCUGUGGCCGUGUGGGUUGGCGGUCUCGAAUCUGCCUCCAAAAUUGGAACCAUUCAAAGUGUCUCUGUUUGUGAGUGUGUGUGUGUGGGUGGGUGACGAUGGCGAUGGCGACGGCGACGGCGACGGAGGGAACCGAAACCAACGACGACGGUGCUCGUCCAUGGCAAUCCUACCACACUGUUUAUACAACUGCCAAAGCAGGAAUGGAUGGUGUGGACAAGGAGAAAGUACAAAGGACAGUGUAUGAAAUGAGCAAAGGAUCUAAGUAUUUUCAGAACGAGGAACGCAAGGACGCUUUUAUUACCCAGAAGAUCGACAAACUCCGAACUCAAUGUGAUAAGCUUACCCAAGCAGACCUAUCCCAUUUUCAGAAGGUAGCUGACCGAAGAAUACUUGAGCUAGAAGCUUUGCGGGAUCUUUCAAGGAUUUGGUUACAUGUAGAUAUGGAUGCUUUCUAUGCAGCAGUUGAGACUUUAAGUAACCCUACAUUAAAGGGCAAGCCAAUGGCUGUUGGUAGCAUGUCUAUGAUAUCCACUGCCAAUUAUGAGGCUAGGAAAUUUGGGGUUCGUGCUGCUAUGCCUGGGUUCAUUGCACGUAAACUUUGUCCAGAAUUAAUAUUUGUCCCCACAGAUUUCAAUAAGUAUACCCAUUACAGUGAUUUGACCAGAACAGUUUUUCGGAGGUAUGAUCCCAAUUUUAUGGCUGCUAGCCUUGAUGAAGCAUACCUUGAUAUAACUGAAGUAUGCAAAAGAAGGAACAUCAAAAGUGAAGAAAUUGCGGAAGAACUCCGCACUAGUGUUUAUGAAGAGACCGGUCUCACAUGUAGUGCAGGAGUGGCACCAAAUCGCCUACUUGCCAAGGUUUGCUCAGAUAUUAACAAGCCAAAUGGACAGUAUGUCUUACCAAAUGAUCGUAUGGCUGUUAUGACCUUCAUAUCCUCCCUUCCUAUCAGAAAGAUUGGGGGCAUUGGUAAGGUCACUGAACAUAUUCUGAAGGCUGUAUUUGGAAUUAACACGUGUGAACAGAUGCUGGAGAAGGCUAGCUACCUCUGUGCUCUUUUCUCUCAGUCAACAGCAGAUUUCUUUUUCUCUGUGGGUUUAGGUCUUGGGAAGACAGAUUCUCCUGAAGUCAGAUUUCGGAAGAGCAUUAGUAACGAAAGAACAUUUUCUGCCACUGAAGAUGAAGUUCUGUUGUAUAAAAAAUUAGCGGAGCUUGCUGAAAUGCUGUCCACAGACAUGCAAAAAGAGGGUCUCUGUGGGCGAACGUUGACUCUUAAACUGAAAACUUCUUCCUUCGAGGUUCGGACUAGAGCCAUGACUUUACGAAAGUACAUAAGCUCGAGGGAGGAUAUCUUGAAGCAUGCUUCGGAGCUUCUAAAAGCAGAACUUCCUCUUUCAGUAAGAUUGAUAGGCCUUAGGAUGUCACAUUUUGAUGGAGACAAGUAUGGUGGCUCAACAUCUAAUCCGAAACAAAAGACUAUCACCGACUUCAUUGCUUCUGUAGAUGCCGAUAGGAACCGUUUUUUGCCAGAUGUUGCAGAUCAUGAUUUUGUCAGCCAUACAGAGACUAAUGUUUCCAUUGGCAGUUGCCAAACAAGCAGAGAUCCUGCUGAUGGGAAUCAUUCAUCUGAUGUAAACUGCCAAAGUGGCACUGGCUGGAGUUCAGAGGAGAUACAAACAUCUGGCAACAAUGCUUCAUGUUCUAACUAUGGCCAAGUUAAAGAAGCGGUGGAAUCAACUUUUCCAAUUCAGGGACAGUUUGAAGACACUAGUACGCUAAAUUUGUCUAAUCUCCUGGACGAUGAGCGACUUAAUUCUUGUGAGGAUAAGACAAUGUUGUGGUUGAAUGACUACAAAUGUUCACUUUGUGGAAUAGAACUGCCUCCUAGUUUUGCUGAGGAAAGAUUAGAGCACUCUGAUUUUCAUCUUGCCGAAAAGCUUCAAAAGGAAGAAUCUCGGAUUCACCAAAGAACAUCUGUUUCAAGUCGAAGCUGGGAUCAGAAGAACAGAAUCACUAGAGAAAGGAUAUCCAAGAAGCAAAAGUUGUCUCAGAAAGAAGGCAGUUACAGACCCAUUGAUUAUUUCUUUUUGUUAAAGAGCAAUAAAAACCGUCCCAGUUAGUUUUGUACAGCGUAUAAAUCUAUAUAUGUAAUUAUGGUACAUUGUGUAACACUAAUGCCCCCGCCCAAAAAAAAAAAAACCCACGCCCUCGAAAAUUGAUUUAUUCCACCUGUAAAUUAGUUAAUAGCAUAAACCUUGAUGAAUAAAAUGGUUUCCCUCAUGGAACGCUGCAAGUUCACAAUUACAGUUACUA